UGAGAGUAGAAUAUAGGCUACUCAUUUAUGCCCCGUCUGUCUCGGUUGUCGUACUGUGUGAGGCUCGCCAUGGAGAGCCCUUGUUCCGCUUUUGUUUACAGUAACGCCGAUUACAGUAAUCAUGUGUCUCGAUUUAGAGGAAAUGAUAAACCUCCAGAUCUGUCCAAAUUCGAUAUGUAUCUGAGAUCAGCCUGGGUGGAACGAAUGCAGCGUGGACUCUUCCGGUAUCACCUCGGCCACUUAGAAACACGAAUUCUUCCUGGCCAUGCACGUCUGGUCGCUCAGUUAAACGUCGAGAGGGGACAACAGAGACGCAAACCUCAGGAGAUCUUGAGUAUCAAACAGGAUUUUGACCCAAAGUUGUUCAAUUUCAACAAAGCAAACACCAACGAAACUAUGUUCGAAUUACGUAAACACGAAGUACCUGAAGCAAUCCAUGAAGAUGGAUUUAUCAAAGGCUGCAGGAUGAUAAUAAACGUCAGCCCUCUGGAGUUUGGACAUAGCCUCAUCGUUCCAGAACCAAACCAGUGCUAUCCCCAGGUACUGACACAUCAUUCUAUUCAAGUGGGGAUCGAAAGUGUCCUUCUAAGCACAGACCCAGGCUUUCGAGUUGGAUUCAACAGCAUGGGGGCAUUUGCUUCCGUCAAUCACCUUCACUUGCACGCAUACUACCUGAACCAUGAGUUGGCCAUAGAAAGCGCCCCCGCUGAGUCGGUGAUGAACGCGAGGGGCUUGCACUGUUUGAGCACUUUUCCGAGAGGCUUCUUGUUAUACACGGAAGGGGGAGACCUACAUUCAGUUGUUAGUACAAUUCAUACACUUACAGACUUCUUGGUGAACCAUAAUGUUGCACAUAACCUUUUCCUAACCCGAGGGUCACCGCCCGACGCAGAAGGCGCACAUGACACCAGAAGGUCAGGAGUGCGCAUCAUUGUGUGGCCCAGGUUGUCGUGCUUUGGGGCAAAGGAGGAGACUGCCUUCAAUGUGGCACUAUGCGAGCUCGCAGGCCACCUGUCUUUCAAGAACCGAGAGGACUACGAGACUACGACGGAAGAGAAAGUGCACAGCAUUAUCAAAAAAUAUAUACUUUCUCCGGAAAUGUUUCUUGACUUGCAGGCUCAGAUAAUUUCUCAUUUAACUUUAUUAGAGUCUGACACGAAGCACUGCGAAUGAGAAGCCUAGCCUAGUCUAAUCUGUAUACAGUUUUUACGUAUUUUAUGUUUUUGGUUUAUUAUUUACUGGAGAAAAGGCCUGUCGGGAUUACGUUAAAUUAAAUGGUUGGGUGGCUACA